AUGGGGUUUUGUUGUUUUUGUAAGAAAAUAGAGAAAAUACAUUCGUCGUUGCAUUUCUUCAAGUUUCCAAAGCAAAAUUACAAGGAAUGGAUGAAAAAUAUGGGUCGAGAAGAUUGGAUACCAAAGAAGCAUGAUACCUUGUGCUCGGAUCACUUUACCAUUGAUUCUUUUGACUACGGAGAAUAUCGGGUUCGAUUAAGAAAAGGAGCUCUACCAACAAUAUUUGGACUGCUCGAUAAUGGCAAAAACCGUCAUAAAGAAGCGGUCAUUUCCCCGCAACAAAUAACCAAGUGCAGAGACAUCAACUUGGGUUUCGAAUCAGACACAAGGACUUUGAUGCCAAUGGUAUACACUGAGACAUCAGAGAGUCCUUCGUGCGCAUUCUCUGGUUCUGAUUGUGAGCAAAGCAUUGAUGUGAAUGAUACAGAAGACUCAUAUGGUAAGGAUAAAAUACUGCCAACUUCGUUGAUUGAAGUGGUAACGUUGCAUACUGCAUCUGCAAUACAGGCUACACAAAGUCGAACAUGUAGGAGUCGAUCGGUUGAGCAUGAUCAUCAUUACGUUGACACGCCUGAGACAUUGAGAAAAAAACUAAAUGCUGCUCGUUUACGCAUAUCAAAGUUCCAGUCUGAACGAAAAUGUAUGGUGCAACAGGUGAAAAGGUUGAAGGUAGCUAUCAAAUCAAUGAAGUCUGUGAUUGAAGCCUUGCAGGGAAAGAAAAUGGCCUCUGAAACAGGUUUGUACAGUCUGUCAGUUUGGGAGUCGAAACAGCUGAAAUGUUCACUCGUAUGAUUGAAAAUAAAAUUGAAAAAAAAAAAAAACCUAUGCCGACAAAAGUACCUACCUGAGCUCCGAAGCUUCGCUUUAACCGUCCACUUUUACUCUCCAAAUGCAUAUAAUUACGUUCGUGAAACUUUUAAUUCUGCACUCUCCCGCUCAUCUGUACUGCGAUCCUGGUAUGGUAGUGUCAAUGCAGAACCUGGCUUUUCGGUGGAGUAUUUCAAAACUCUA